UGGAAAAAUCCAACUGGCUUGAUUCAUGCCAGUUGGGCAGUUUCGAUCAGCGCUGGUGAACCCAACUGAUAUUUUUUAUGUGUAUCGGAUUCCAUCCUUUAUUUUCCGACUGGCAUUUGCAUUUGACGGCACGAUUUGCAUCACACGGCCAAGCUAUAAGCGUCGGUGUGUUAGCAAACGGGGGAAUAGUCCGUUUUGCUCUUUAUAGAUUCCUGCAUGCGUUGAGCUCGUUCAGGUGUCAGCAGAGAUGGACGGUAGUCGCGCGAGUACAAGCAGCCAGAAAGUGGGUACUUCUAGUUCUGGCAUGAGCUACGUUCAGGCGGCCAAACGUGGCCAUCAGUCUUCACCGCCCAACGUCACCGGGGAUAGUACUGCAUCGGGAGCGGGCGCCUCCACUAGCAGCGCCGAGCUGACGCCGUCCAACAAGCGGCACUCUCCGGCCCGUGCUCACAACAUGCACGCAGCGACGGCGGCUGGCCGUCGUGAGCGCGACGUCAAGGAGAGCGGCAGUCGGCUGCACGACAGCGACUCGCAUUCCGGCCCGAGCAAGCUGGGCGGGGGGAAGGGAGGCCGCGAGAAGGAAUGGGAUGGGCACUGCUGUGUAUCGGUCAGCUACGAUACAGCAGUUCGCGAAUACGGUUUCGGGACGCAGCCGAGAGUGUUGGCGUCAGUUGUUUUGAAGAAAUUUGAAAUGGAGGAAACAUUCAACCGCAAAAAAGUGUCCUCGGCGAUGUGGUGCUUGAACCGAAAUUCCCAGAAAGUGGUUCUGCUAAAGUGUCGGGAGGCAAAUGGCGAUGUUUCAUCAGCAGUCAAAUCGCUGCAGCAGAAACUGAGUGGAACAGGAAUCCGCAUCAGAAGUACACCUUACCCAGAUGAGGCUGCAUUGGACGCAUUUCUACAAUCCAGUAUGGAGGACGAGAAAAAACUGGCAGCGGAAGCGGAAGAAAGGCAGCAAGCGGAAGAAAGGCAGCAAGCGGAAUUCGCGGCGCGGGUUGAGACGGAACGGCGGCAGGUGACGGAGGAAUGGGUGCUGCUGCAUAGGCAGCAGGUGGAGGAGUUGCAACGGAAACAGGCGGAGGAAUUGCUGAAUAUAGCCCAAGCUGGGCCGCUGGAGCUGGAGUUGCUGCGCCAGCAGCUGAUCCAGGAGCGCCAGCAGUUCCACUCGGAGCAGGGGAAGGCCAUGGAGGUGAAGGCGCGGCUGGACGCCCAGCAGCAGAUGCAGCAGCAGCACGGGUUCGUCCCUUCACUGGGCAGAGCCGCUCCCAGCCCUUCCAGCUCCGUGCCGGCCACGUUUCCACUCAACUCCAGUGGGCUGGGCCUGACGUCGCCCCCAGAAUCGACGGCGAUGCAGAUUCCCGUGGGCACUGCGCACCCGUACUUCCUCACCACGCACUCCCAGCCCACUAUGUACCCCACCUCCGCCACUCAGGGCCUGCAGCCCCUUUUCUCCGCCAGUCCUUCGCAACUGCAGUUCCAGCCGCCGUUCGCCGCGGCGCCGCAGCCGCCUUACGUCAUGGGGCACUAUCCGGGCGACGGCGGGGCGCAGAUGGGGCAGUACUACGCCCACCAGAUGCCCAUGGGGCCGCCGGGCAGCCAGUACGGGAACAUGGGCGCCCAAGGACAAGGGAUGAUGCAGCAGGCGCCCGCGCAAGGAAUGGGAAUGAAUAUGCCGAUGACCGCCGGGGAUACGCUGCGUCACCGUGGCUCCAUUAGCCGCCCCACCGGCAGCGACGACGCCGGCGAGUGAAUCGGAUGCCGCGGGAUGCGGGAGCCAUUCCUCCGCAGCGAGGGCGUAGCUAGAAUUUUUGGUAACUCGUAGCGUUUUAUUCCGCCUCGUAUUUCUUGUGGCCGUGUCCGGGGAGGAUGGAUUCUUGUAAAUGGCUUUGCUGCUGUAAUUGUUUGCUGGCGCUUAAUGCAGUUCGAAUCUGCUUUCCAUUUUGUUUGUUUAUUUGUUUUCUCUGUUUUGAGUAUUGACACGCGGCGAUGGUCAUGGCCUCAUGGGGGCGUCUGCUGAAUUUGUAUCUUACUCGUAAAAAAUUUUUUUUUUGGGAGCGGCGCUGGUUAAUAGUCAUGAGAAGUGCAUGUAUAUCCUACAUGGUUACCGUAAAAUCUGAUUAAAAUCUGUUGGUGUUGGA